UCACAAUAUCACUUCUCUUACUUCCAAGUGUAAGCUAGCUAUACUACUAAGCUUUCUUUUUCUUUCAUAUCAUAGUUUUCUGUUCUGCAGCUUUCCAUGGAGUUCCACCUCCUACCCAUCCUUGCAUUUCUUUCUUUGACAUUGGUGGCAAGUCAUGCAACUCUAUCUCCUGAAGCAUACUGGAACUCGGUUCUGCCAAACUCUCCUAUGCCUAAGGCUGUCAAGGAUCUUUUACACCCUGAAUGGAUGGAAGAUAAGAGCACUUCAGUUGGGUUAGGAAAGGGCGGCGUAAGCGUCAAUGCAGCGAAAGGAGGCGUCGCUGUGAUCACCGAAAACAAAAAUUACAAUUUAGCUACUACUGUGGAUCAACUCCAUGAUAAUCCCAACAUCGCUCUUUUCUUCUUGGAAAAUGACUUGAAAAAAUACACAAAAAUGACAUUGCAGUUCACUAAAACCACCACAUCAACUACUUUCUUGCCUCGCCAGGUUGCCGAGAAAAUACCCUUUUCAUCCAAGAAAAUGCCACAAAUUCUUGACUACUUCUCGGUGAAACCCAACUCCAUGGAAGCCAAGACAAUCAAGCAAACAAUCAAAGAAUGUGAAAAGCCUGGAAUCAAAGGAGAAGAGAAAUAUUGCGCGACUUCACUAGAGUCCAUGGUCGAUUUCUGCCGUUUCAGGCUUGGGAAAAGUAUCCAAGAAAUCUCCACAGAAGUCAAAAAAGAAACCCCUUUGCAAACAUACACUGUUGAAGGAGUGAAGAAGAUGGCAAGCGAUGUAGCCGUAGUGUGCCAUAAGCAAAACUACGCGUACACGGUGUUUAGCAGUACUUAAAACUACUCCAAAAUG